AUGCAUAAAAAACACGCAGAUGCUAAGAUGCCCACCUCACCAAACCACCGCAGAGAAGAAGAAGAAAUAAACAUCAAACCCAAACCACCGCCGCCACCACCACCACCAAACCCUAACCCAAACCAAAUGGAGCUUCCUGAAGACAUCGUCGCCGACAUACUCAAGAGACUGCCUGCAAAAUCUCUGGUCCGAUUCAGGUGCGUUUGUAAACCGUGGUGCUCUUUGAUCACGAGCCCAAGUUUCGUAAGAACCCAUCUGAAAUUAAACAGAUCCCAGUUUCAAUCCGACCUCGGAACAAGCACCCGCAUCAUCUUGUCGCGUUAUUGUGAUACCCUUUUGUCCAUGGUCUCUGAGAACAACAAUGUUGUUGAGACAGUGGAGCUGGACUUUGCUCUGGUUCGAAACUUGCCUUAUUAUGUAAAGGGUCACUCUGAUGGGUUGCUCUGCUUGGUUAUCAAUGAUGGGUUUGGAGGCAUGGCUGUUAUUUACAACCCAUCAAUCCAAGAGUACAGGAAGCUCCCUUCUCCUUGUAAUUUCCGAAGUACGAGGGAGGUGCUUGGUUUGGGUUUUGACUCCUCCAUCGAUGAUUAUAAGGUUGUCAGAGUCCCAUCCAACUAUUGCCGGCUGAAAUGUCCUGGAUACCAGCCUCAAGUUGAGGUCUUGGAGCUCAAAACCAAUUGUUGGAGGAAGAUCCCAGAUGAGGACACGCCACCUUUUUUCAUCGAACACAUUUUUCAGGCAACUGAGGUGAAUGGUGGGCUGUAUUGGCUGGCUGAGGAUCAUGAUGCUUCGAGAUGCGUGAUUCUGCGUUUUGAUUUGGCUGAGGAGAAGUUUAAGGUGGUGCUGCCCCCACCUGAUGAGAAUUGUAAGAGCAUAUCAUGGAUUGGGGCUUUGAAAGACUGGCUUUGUGUGGUGCACACUAGGAGGUUGAGUGAUGUUCAUGUUUGGGCAACCAAAGAUGACAAGAAUUGGACAAAGAUCAUCACCACUUCGAGGUUUCCUAGGAUCCCGGGACGAGACCCUUUUCUCGACUCUUUUCGAUACAUGCCCUUGUGCUAUACUGAGAAGGGAGCUGUGCUGAUGAGUGUUAGAGGGGAGAGGUUUGUUACCUUUGAUACAAGAGAUAACACAUUUGAACAUGUUGACAUCCGAGGUGCACAGCAUUGGUUGCAGGAGACCGUGUACUGCGAAAGCCUAGUUUCGCCAGGUGGGGGUGGGAAUCCGACUGAGUCGGCGGUGGCGUUGGGUUCUGAUGUUGGUGUGGCAGAGGGAGAGCAAGAUGAAGACCAGACAGCAGUUGGGGACAGCACAAGCAGCAACAGCCUUAGGCAACUGCUUGUUGGUUUGAAGAGGGAAGUGCACAACUUACUGGUUUGUAGCGUUGGCCACAGGAACAUCAAUGAUGAUAAUUGA